CGUUGCUGCAUUGUACAUUUUACUGGAAUGUAAAGUGUUUCUCUUCGUGUUGAUAGUUGAUGACUGUUUAAAAACAUUUUUUUUAAAUAUAAAAUGUAUUCAUUUUUUGAUAUCGAUAUUUAUUGUAAAUUCUCAAGCCAGACGUGAGCCGUCGAGAUGGCGUGAAUGUUCAUUAGCUACACGAGGAUCUUGGUGAUCUGUGAGAGCCCUGCACUCUGGUUUUGCUGAGCCUGAUUAAAGCUUACAGCUUCUCACAGCUAUCUUUGUACGAGUUGCUUUAGGACCUGAGUGCAAAUCCCUGCAGUGCCAUCAAAUGGGAUUCCUUGCUUCCAGCGUUGAGUCAGAGUCCAGUACAGUUUUCCAUGCUCAGUACGCAUGGUUCAGUGUAGUCCCAGGUUUAGUAGGCGUGUAAGAGCAAGGUGGAGAAUGACCUAACUGUGCUAGGGUUUGCAGAACCUGGUUCUAAGACUAUGUUCAUAACCUCAUAUUAAGUGUUGUUUUGGAUGGAGUCUGUAUCCUUUUUGGAAACUGGAAUUCUGGAUGUUUAAUGUUUAACCCUGCAUGUAUACAUGGUUUUUUUUUUUUUUCUUUGUCCUUUUACUGUAAACUAAGUAACUGUACAAAGAAGCCUCGUAUAGUUUGUAUACUUAGCAGAAUUAGACUUUGGGUCUUGAAACGUCGCCUACAGCUUAAAUUACACGUGUUUAAAAUGACUCACGUUGCCUGUCCUAAGAUCCUCAAGAGUGCAAUCAGAAGAGAAACGUUCACAUUGCUCUGGCUAAUGCUAAAAGAACUUGACUUGACUAUGGACCGGGAUUUUUUUAUUUUAUUUUAUUUUAUUUUUUCUUUCUUUUUUUUUUUUUUUUUUUAAAUAAUUAACUAUGUAAAUAAACUUAGCCUGUUUUCUGUUUCUCCCCAUUUAUCUGACUCUUGGGAUUUUUUUUAAGUGUACAUGGUGGGUUUUUUAAUGUGCUAUUUUAAAAAUCCUGCAUGUUUUAUUAAACCACGAGUCUUUUCUGAGCACUAGUUCACGUAAAGCGGCGCAAUGCGUCGGCGUUUCUGUUAAUCGGUUGCUUGGAUACCGGACACAGGACCGUCCUGCCUGCGCGAGGACCUGCUUCUGUUUACCUGAGCUAGCAGUUUGCUACUAACUUAGCUUCGUGUUAAUAACUAAAUUAAUUUAAAAAAAAAUAAAAUGUCUGACAACGAGGGAGAACAAGGUCCGAAAAGUACGUUUUCCACCUACAUGGCCAGAGCCGACCAGCUGUUUCAUAAAGGAGAAUAUAACAAAGCUAUUGAAAGUUAUUCGACGGCUCUGCUAUUACAACCGGGAGAUAGGAACUGUUUGGUUGCCAGAUCGAGGUGUUUUGUGAAAUUAGGGGAGCCUGAAAAUGCUCUAAAGGACGCAGAAGCUUCUCUUAAAGAUGACAAAAGCUUCUUCAAGGGAUUGUAUCAAAAGGCAGAGGCUCUGUACACCAUGGGGGACUUUGAGUUUGCACUGGUCUUCUACCACCGAGGUCACAAACUACGACCAGAACUGCAGGAGUUCAGACUUGGUAUACAGAAAGCUGAGGAAGCUAUCAACAACUCUGUAGGAAGUCCUUCAUCUGUAAAGCUGGAAAUUAAGGGUGAUCUGUCUUUCUUCCAUAAAGUAGAUGAGCGCAAAAAGGCAAGACCAAAGACAGCCAAGAGUGAGAGAACAGCUAAACAACUUCUAGGAGAGUUGUACACUGACAUAGAAUAUCUGGAAAAGCUGCUUAGAGAUGAAGAUCUAAUUAAAGGUAAGACACGUACUGGCGAGAGGCUACAGGAUGUAAUCACGAACUGCAUCUCGUAUCUGGACACACGCACUGAGUUUUGGCGGCAACAGAAACCUAUCUAUGCCCGCGAGUACGAUCGAAAGCUCCAACAGCAGCAGUGGAAUCGCAGACGGAACCGUCCUCCCUCUGACCCCACGUUUUAUGUCCUCAAAAACCUCGAGGAGUUAGACUCAGACCUGACUGCGGGGAACACGGAGAAGAGUCUAAAGAAGGCCCGAGAGAUGCUGAAGACGGUGCAAGGCUGUUCUGACAAAGCUCUGCCCAAUAAGGCAGAAGUGCUGGGAAACCUAUACAGCUACAUUGGUAAUGCACUGAUGGAUCUGGGAAACAUGGACAAGGCCCUGGAGAACCACUUUAAAGAUCUGGAGCUUGCUCAGCAAGGUAAAUUGAUGGACAGUAAAUCCAGGGCUCUGGACAACAUUGGCCGAGUGUUUGCACGCAUUGGCAAAUUUCAUCAAGCCAUAAAAUUCUGGGAAGAAAAGAUCCCUUUGGUACAAGGUGGGCUGGAGAGGGCCUGGCUGUUCCAUGAGAUUGGCCGCUGUUAUCUGGAACUGAAGCGAUUCACCAAGGCCAGGGACUAUGGCAUCCACUCACUCAGUGCUGCGAAUGACAUUGGUGAUGAGAAAUGGCAGCUCAAUGCCAGCGUGUUAGUGGCACAGGCCGAGUUGAAACUGGGUAACUAUAAGUCCAGUGUAGUACACUUUGAGAAAGCACUGGACCAAGCUAAACUGCUGCAGGAUGACAGUGCCAGAGUUGCCAUCCAGAAGGCUCUUCAAGAGACAAGACAGCAAGUGGCCCAGUGAGAGCAGCAUUCUGCGGUUAUCAUUCUGCUUUUGAAGGAUGCUUCAUUGACAAGGAAAAUAUUUAAACUAAUGAAUCAUAUUCUCCGAUUGUACUUCUUUUGUAAUUUGAAUCAUAUUCUCAUAUUGAUAUUCUCAUAUUAUAAUCAUAAUCAUAUUGUGACUGUACUUGUCGGUUUUCAAAAGUGUAAACGUUAAGGAACAUCCAAAAAGUACGAUUCUAAUAAGGUAUAUUCUAAUAAGGUACUAAUAAGGUACGAGUCGACAUGGAAACAAUUGCACAAUUAUUUUAGACUUAAUGCCCACAUUAUUUUAGAUCAUGCCUGUGAUUAAGGCAGACUUCAAUUUAGCUUUGAAUUUCUGAUGUGGUUAAUGAGUGAUGUAAGCAAAUUUUAUUCUUGUGUGUUGCAAUAUCUAGACUUGUGAGGGACGAUUGUGUAACCACAGAAUCGUAAGGAUCCGUCUAUUUGUGAGUGUUAUGCAACCUAAUGAGACGGUUACAGCUUGUCUGUAUUCGUCCUUAAGAAGUCUUUUAAACCCUGAGUCUGCCUCUCUCACUGAACCUAGGGGUAGUACCUAUUUUGUGUCAGAUCAUACAAGAUCAUUAAAAUGAAAGUAAAGUAAUAAUAAAAUCACUUUACUGAAUUGUAUUUUUUGUAAUCCCCCUCCUCCUCCUGUUCAUUUCUAUAACAGUGGUGUCAUAGUCACAUGUCCUCUUGCAUUAUGGAUACGAGGAAAAGAGGCAGCUGGCAUGUCAUCAUUUCUUAAAGAAAUAAACAAAUGA